AUGAUGACGGCGUCUAAUUCUACCUCUCAACAACUCGAAUCCGAGCCCGGUGUCUUUCCCAUAGACACCAUGGCCAAUGCCAUAUUUUCUGUUUCGGAGACUGUGACUUCGCCCGCAUCGAGCGAAGAACAUCACGAUUCGACUACUCAUCAUGCCUCUGAUCGCCACACCCGAUUAGACUCUAUUCAUCUUAGCAGCGAUGCUAGUGGCGAAACCUCCAUGGCUUCUCUUGCCGCCGAUUUUUCGACUCACUCCUUUAUCGAUUCAGGUGAAGGCGCUACCGAGCUCAGAAAUGCUCACAACCCUCCCUGGAGCCACGGCGUCACUGGGACACCAAUUCUGCACCGGGGCCUCACUGAGCACACUGACACGUUGAAUUUCUUGGAUGGUCCUACCGGAGAGAUUCCCUCACACGAAGAAACUUCGUCACCUCAUCUUUCAGCCACCGACAGUCAGAACCUCAUCCAAGAUCAAGUUUUGACCCCACGUCCAUCUGUGAAAACUGCACAAGAAAGUCUUUCAUCUUUGCGCCAGAUCUCCUUCCAGCCACCUGCGGCGAAGUCAACUCCCAACCGUGUACAACCGAGUUCCAGCCCCUUGUAUGUUUCCUCUGCUUCUACCCAUCCGCCGUCUCCAUUCGAUAGCCACCAUGUGAAGCGAUCUCCUACGAGCCUACGACCAGCUAUUGUCCAUCUUAAAUCGCCCAUUUCUCAUGUCAACUCACUCUCGGUCAGAGGUAUGGUAGCCAGGCCUCAAAACGGAACUUUUACUGCUCACGUUUCUGCGCCAACUGCAUCGACCAAUGUUCAGCCAUCAAACGUAGCUUGGCGUGAAGCCGCGGGUCUCAAGACUCCUUUCCAACCACUCGAUGCGCAGGCCUCCAACACUCGCGUGGUCAGUAACGGAAGUGCUGCUGGCUCCGGUGCGUCUGGCGAAGUCAGCAGUGAAGAGGAAGAAGCUUGGCCUAUGCCACAGACCCCCUUCAUUUCUAGUGAAAAUUGGCCUCAAGGCAAGGCUGCCAACGGAAAGAGCUCAGUCGCCCCCGUCUCAGUUGCUCCUGUCGACCACAGUGUCAGGAAGAUUGAAACACGCGAGACGCCCGCCGUUCACACUCCGCUUCUUCCAUCUAAACUCUCUCCUUCGAUUGGUAGCACGCCUCAUGGGAGAAUCCAAGUUUCUGGAGGUGGACGAGCUCCUCCUCGUGGUUUGAUUAGCCACAACGGUGCCAAGGAAGGCCAGAGAAGAGUUGGUCGUUGCAAGAUGUACAACUGCGACAAAGGUGUCGGUUUCUUGAUUGAUGAUGACUUGGAGGAAGUCCCGUAUGAUGUCAAAAUUCACUGGACUGAUCUGUACUCUGACCAAGAGUUCAAGUCAUUAGCCAAGGGAGAAGUAGUCGAAUACACUCUCAACCUGACCUCGAACGGCUAUUCUGCUUCGUACGUCACUGGGCCUGGUGGAAGACCUGUCAUGGGGGCGGAGUUCACCAUUGUUCAAGCUAGUCGUCAGACCAGCUACAAGUUGUUUAAAGCAGGUGCUCUUCCUGUCAAGACCUAUCGUUCUAAGUGGGAGGGUGUACCUUCUCCUGCUGGGUUCCUUGAGAGCCCCGAAACCCCUUUGGGAGGAUCUGGGCACCGAGCAAUUCGAUCUCCGAUGACCCCAGGAACCAUCAGUGCUGCCGUUGGCGGCCUAGCGACUCCAGCUUCUGGUGUUUACGGUUUACUAACCAAGCCAAUCAAGGUCAAACUUCCUGGCACAGGUGACGUUGGCGUAGCAAGCUUACCACAAGUGACUUCCACAAAGCCUGCGGGUACAGCCUCCACUCCUAGUCUGGUUCAGCCUUCCUCACGCCCAAACCAAUCGGUCCAUCACGGCCACGUCGCUCCGACUGAUCAAAUCCUAGCUUGGAAUUACCCCUCGCCUCAAACCUUCCUCCCUGGCUUCAACAGUGCUUAUCGUCCAUUACUUCCAGCUCUUGCCCGCAAUAAUCCUGCGACACCAAACCAACCUCUUGGUCAAUAUGAAGCUAUGUUGUUGGGUGGUUAUUCCAGUCAACCGAUUACGUCACCGUCUUCGCAUUUCUCUACGAAUGGUAUGCAGCCUGCAUCCACAAUUCCGUUCAACAUGCAUGCUCUCUUGGCAGAACGUCAUCUCUUACUUCAACAGCAAGCUGCUUUGAUGGCGCUUUAUCAGAAGAGUGCUUCCCAAAGUCUGGGACUCGCCCAGGCAGUCCCUCUUUCACACGGACAGGUCUCUACACUUCUUCCUCCAAUCUCACUACCUACUAGUAAUACCCCCGCCUCAGACCAAGCUCGAACCGAAGCAAGUAGCUGGAGAUCUGCACCGACUUUAAGACCCAACGCACAAGCAUUUUCGCCCGCUCUUGAAUCCAAGGCUGCCAACACUGCGCAAGUCGAGUCGGUGGCCGAGGAGCCGCGUACCGAGUCACUUGUAUACCAGCCUCCUGGUCGUCGAACAGUUUCUGACCCCAAACCAACCUCCCUAUUAAUCCAUAAACGAAGCUUGAUUGGUGCCAAGUCUACCGAACUUCCUGCUGCUCCUCGUGGAUAUAAGCGUGUUACCUUUGCGGAAGAACCUGCGAGAGCUCGAAGAGUUGUUUCCUAUGGCGAGACCGACGAUGGCGAAGAGAGGGCGGCUCCAAGGGUUACAAGUGUAGAUAUUGCAAUGGAACGUCUUCGUGAGGCCGGUGCACCAAGGCGAUUGUCGGUGCUCUCGAACAAUCACCCAAACUUGUUGGGUGAGGAUUCUGCAUGGAUGAUCCCUGCAAAUUGA